AUGGCAGCCACGGCGUCAGCAGCCACACCACCAAACAUCGGAUCGUCCUCCGCAACCGCCGCAGCCGCGUCCACCUCGCUCAGCUUCCGCUACCCACCGAUCCACGCCUUCCCGCCGUUCUAUACGCUGCAGCACAACCCGGUCUCGCGGGGACAGCAGCUAUCGCAGUGGCGCUCCCUCAUCCUCGACUACUGUCGCCAUCAUCGCAUCUUCGCCCUCUCCCCGCUUCCUUCUACGUCCGAUCUCAGCAGCACACCAAGUAGCGGCGAGGCAGCCGAUCCGCACAAGACACUGUUCGCCAACCGCUCAAUACAGCGCUCUCUGUCGCCAGAAUCAAUACGACAAGUGCUGGGUGAUUUGGUGGAUCAUAAGCAGGCGGUGUGGGAGGAUCAGCUUUCCGGUACGGCCAAGUCGAAGGGUGCGGUUGACAGCAAUGCGAAAGCGUAUAUCUAUUGGAAAACGCCGGUGCAGUGGGCAGAUGCAAUCUACGAGUGGGUCAUGGCAACAGGACAGAACAAGAGCAUCAUGACGCUCUUCGAGCUGAGUCAGGGCGAGCUGGUUCAAGGUCAAGACUUUUACGAGCUUCCCACGCCCUUGCUUCGUCAAGCAUUGAAGCAUCUCAGCACGCAGGGCAAAGCACAGAUCUUUGCCGGCUCAGAGGCUGAGGACGGAGAAGGUGUCAAGUUUGUCUGA